UAGAGUGAACCGGCGGGCGGCCAAAAAUACUUUAACGCUCUCUCGCCUAGUCGUUGAAACCAGUCGUUUCGGAUAACAGUGAAGUUCCAACAGAGAUAUUUCGAGAAAGAAAAACUAUUUUAUAUACGUGCAUACUUCUCGAAUCAUGUCCAAAAUUGAAGGACCGGCACCUACGGCUGGCGGAGAUGCACCGAUGAUUGAAGCCACGAAGGCCGAUCGAGUCGACGACUCAUCAUCGCAAUCAACCAACUCGGUUAAACCGACACAGGUUGAUGUAGCGCCGGAAAAUGUAGUCUCAUCCACUACAGAAAAUCAUGCAACGUCGACGGAAGUAAACGCAGAAGCGUCCGCUGAAGGAGUCGUUGAUUCCGGCACAAAAACUGCCGAUGCGGAGAAUCUCAAGGAAGAUCCUAAGGACGCGACGGUUUGUCAGACAGCUGUGGCACAAGAUGAAAAGAAGAUCGACGACUCGAAGCGAAAUGUCGUGCAGGCGAAAGGCGACAACGCGGUCUCCGUGUCGCAGUUAGAGGAGGAAGUGAGGGUGAGGAAGUUCUCGGAAGAAUGUCCCUGGAGAAACGACUCGCCCCGCGGGCUUGCGGACCCGAACAGGACAAAGGAGCGCGAUACUUAUCGGAAAAAGUUGGAAGACACGGAGAAGAAACUGACUAUCUUGCAAGCGGCCUAUGACGCAACGACGCGUCAGGGUGGAGAUGAGACCGGCCUGCAAAAGUCCGUGGAGCAGCUACGAGGCCAACUGGCGCAGACAGCAUUGAUGUACGAGGAGCGGAAUCACAUAGUCGCGAAUCAGGAGAAUCAGAUUAACGCGCUAAAUAAUCAGGUGACAUCGCUGAAGGAAGUGGUGUCAAUCACGCGCGACUUGCUGCAGAUCCGUAAUAUGGAGGUGAAGCAGCUUCAGACCGAAGUCGAUAGCAUGGAGCGGAAGAUAGCUGAGGAGCGCGAUCGGCAUAACGCGAUGAUCAGCAAGAUGGACGCGGCAAUGCGAUUGAACGCUGAUCUCAAGAAGGAAUACGAAACCCAACUAUCCUUAUUUCAAAGUCUUCGAGAGAAAUACGGCGAGAAGAUUACUCUAUUAUCCGAGGAGAAACGAGCUCUCGAAGCAGCAGCCUCUAUACCCAAAUGAUCGUUCAUUAUAUAUCUCUUAACACGUUAUAAAUAUUAUCUUAAUCGCAUGCUUAAUCGCAUAUUUUGUUGACGCAGGUUUAUGUGACAAUAAUUAUUGCGCUAUUGUUUAAUAUUUAUUAAACGACAAGAUCUCAACAAGAACAAGACCGCUACAAUUAAGAUGUUGUAAGCUUGACAUAAAACUAAAUUUUCUUACUUUCUCUGUGUAUAAUAUAGAGAUUACACAAUAUAGAUCGAGAAUUAUGAAAAUAAUCAUUUAUUUCAAUAUUACGUUAGGAACUAAGCUUUAUUGAAAUAUAUAGACAUUUUAGUACUUAUAAUUAAAUUUUGGAAAUUUUGAAAGAAACUUAUGAGUUACAAUAAAUUACAAUGUAUUAUUUUUUUGUAUUUUUAAAUGUCUAAUAAUUUAAUAGAAACUGCGGUUCUCGUUAAACAAACAGUUUAAUAUACUAGAAUUAAAUAAAAAGUUUAAUAUAAUAAAAGUCUAGUCCAAUUCUAGUCUAAAAACUGUUUAUUCAACUUUUAUUGAAUUGUUUUAUAUUAUAUUUAUUUAUGAAUAUAAAAUAGAUAAUUCAAAAAGA